AUUCGGCAUCGUGAGUUCCUCCGGCAACGGAAUAAGUUCCGAAAUUCCGGUGGAAACCUCUUCGGUUGCCAUGGUUGUGCCGUCCUCACCACUACCCUUCGGGGCAAGUGUGGGGGCCGCGACCAUGACGUCGUUUGCAAUGCCGAGCUCGAUCUUCGGGUCGGCCCCUCGACCCAUUCCCGGGCUCGAAACCACGGGGAUCACCCCGUCGGUAACUCGAACCCGUUUCUUGGACCGACUAUGGCUUCGGCCUCGACGGUCAACCUUGGACCGAACACGGGUUUUCCCACACCGGUCAACGUAGGACCGAACGCGGGUUUUCCCACACCGGUCAAUCCAUUCAUUGGACCCCAUUGGGCGACUAACGGGCCUUUCCUCCACACGCCCAAUGCGGUUGGGCCGAUUACGGUGCCCGCUAGUUCGGUCCAAAGGACACCGAAGUUCAAUGGCACGAACUUCAAAAUGUGGCAACAAAAGAUGAUGUUUUUCAUGACCGUCUUGGGAUUUGCUGAGUACCUGCAGCAAGAUCCCCCCCAGCCCAAUGAAGCCAACGACCCCCUCGUGGCGAUGGUGAACCAAGCAUGGUACCACAACAACUAUCUCGCCAUCAACAUCAUCCUGGAGGGGUUGGGAGAUUUGUUGUACCCUGUCUACGCCGGUGCAACACUUGCCAAGGAGCUUUGGAACAGCUUGAACAAAACAUAUCAAGCUGAAGAUGCCGGCACGAAGAAGUUCAUCGUCGGGAAGAUGUUGGACUACAAGAUGGUCGACAGCAAAUCUGUUGUCGCCCAGGCCGAGGAGCUAACGGUAAUCUUCAACAAAUGUAAUGAAGAAAAAGUAGGCGUUAGCGAGGCCUUCCAAGUGGCGGCCAUCAUCCACAAACUUCCCAGGUCGUGGGAAGACUUCCAAGCCGACCUCAAGCUCAAGAGAACGGAGCUGAAUCUAGAGCAACUGCUCACGCGGUUGAGGAUCCGAGAGGAAGGGCUUGCUAGAAGAAAUGGAGGGGCUAAGGCGAAUGUAGUAGAACAUCCGUCGGGCUCUUCACAUGGCGGGAAGGACAAAAAGAAGAUGGGUCCUAAAGGUGGAGUUUCUAAAUUUGCAGGAAAGUGCUACAAUUGUGGCAUUACUGGGCAUCGUUCCUCCGAUUGUAGGAAAAAGAAGCCACAAAAGGGAAAGA